AUGGCCAGAAUGCUGGGAAUCUGUCAAAUCUACAGUCUCGAUGGCAGACCUAUGAGUACAAACACUUGGCCGGAGGAGCAGCUGAGAUGUGUCCAGCAGAUCCAGGAGCAGGAGGAAAUCCAACUCGGUGGGUUGGAGGAGCGGUCCAACGCUCUCCUGGACAGAGGUCUGCAGAAGUUGGCCCGAGAAGUAGCGGAGCGCAUGGAUGAAGCGCAGGAGUAUCAGCGCCUGACCGCCACCGCCGUUGAGAGUCGCCUGGUGGGACAGCUUGAAAGUUACAACGGUCGCUUGUUGGCGGCUGAGAGCUGGCGCAGUGCGUUCCAGGAGCGAGAGACAGCUCGGGACCAACGACUUGGAACACUUGGAGAGGCGGUGCGCAAGAUCGAGACAUCUUGCAAGGAGAUUCCCACUCUGCAAGCCCGAAUAGAGGAAGCUCGUGCAGCCAUCAAAGAGGAUCUGGCGGCCAGCGCCAUGAGUGCUUUUCAAGGUGAGAUGAGGCUCUGGGCAAAGAUGGCUCAGCUGGGUGUGACUCCUCCGAGUCUGCCUCAUCAGGCUCCGAGUGCAUGA